AUGCUUGCCCCAAUCCCAGUCCUGUCAGAUUAUGACAUUGAUCCUCAACGCGGCUUCCUCCCCCCAGAGUUACCCUUGACCUCAUUACCAGAUCCGUAUUAUGCAAAAUGGGAGACCGUCAUCGAUAAAGUGCAAGCUUUGAUAUUGAGUGGAAGGAUUCGAUCGACUGUGCAGCGACUGCCGGUGUUGUCGACUGCGUAUUUGCAUACGGAGGCAGAAUGGCAGCGGGCUUAUGUUGUGUUGACUUUUAUGUUGCAUGCGUAUGUUUGGGGUGGUGAUGUUCCUGAAGAGAUAAUUCCGCCUCCUAUUAGUGUACCUCUCCUCGAGGUCUGUGAGCAUUUGGAUCUCCCCCCAGUCGCCACAUACGCAGCUGUAUGUUUAUGGAAUUACAAGCCCAUUUUCCCCGAUGAACCAGCAGACGAUCUCGAAAAUUUAUCUGUUAUCAAUACUUUAACCGGCUCAACAGACGAACAAUGGUUCUAUCUCGUCUCAGUGGCCAUCGAAGCCCGCGGGGCCCCCAUGCUCCCCUUGAUGCUAGAAGCUAUUGCUGCAGCACGCCGUGAGGAUAGCGCGGUAGUCACAUCCUGUCUCCAAGAAUUGGCGCAGUGCAUUACGGAAAUCUCAGUUAUUAUGCAACGACUAUUUGAGCACUGCGAUCCGCACGUAUUCUAUCACAAGGUCCGCCCCUUUUUAGCAGGGAGCAAGAAUAUGGGUGACGCUGGACUUCCGAGAGGCGUCAUGUUUGACACUGACACUGGGACGACCGAAUACAGACAAUACGGUGGUGGAAGUAACGCACAGAGUUCUCUGGUCCAAUUCUUCGAUAUAGUUCUUGGUAUUGAGCAUCGACCAACCGGCAUUGGCCGUGAUGGUGGUGGUGCACAGAGUGAUUCAGAGGGUCUCUCGCCCAAGCCACGACACAACUUCAUUCAGGAAAUGAGGCAAUACAUGCCUCCCGCCCAUCGCAAGUUUCUGGAACAUAUUGGCAGUGUGGCUAAUAUCCGGGAAUAUGUCGAUGCACACCGAUCAGAUAAGGCUCUCUGUCUGGCGUACGAUGCGUCUCUGGCAAUGCUACGAGACUUGCGCGACAAACACAUUCAAGUCGUUUCACGAUACAUAAUCGUCAAAUCUCGCGAACAAAGACGUAACUCUCUCUCAAACCCUCGCCCACCCACACAACUAGCACCACCGCCACCACCAACAACAACACGCAUAAACCUCGCAAACGUCAAGUCAGGCAAUAACAAAAAACUCCGCGGCACCGGCGGCACGGCCUUGAUCCCAUUCCUCAAACAGGCGCGCGACGAAACCGGGGAACCUGCAAUUGACGCCUGGGCUCGUCGGCUACUCAGUAACGGACCCGCGGAUAGAAGUUUUGCCACGUUAGGGAAAGUGGGCGAGCAUGCGGACGGGCAGAUUGAGAUUGUAGGUAUGGCUGGGACGUGGGCUAUGGAUGAGAGUGAGGGGGGGAUUUGUCAUUGGUAGUUUUGUCUCUUCACCUUAAAAGAUGGAGGUUGGGCGUUCCGUGGGAUUGCAUGUAUUAUGAAUAUGACAUUUUCAUUGGGUUGGUUUACUGAUUUGGCAAGCAUAGCUACAUUCUUUUGUUUAAGGACAUUCCUCUCUUUAUUUUACCAUGAACUUUUGAUCUCGAAUCAAUUGACUGUCAUUCUCGAGUCGGGG